GGCCAAGUUGAAAGCUUCUUGCAGGAAAAGAUCAGUCCUUUUCCCUCUCUGGCUCUCUCUCUCUCUCUCCUCUCCGGCCGGGCAGAGUAUAGUACUACUGCUACUCUGCUAGGCUCGGCGCUGCUUCUCCGUGGUCACCGGCCACUGUACAGCGAUGGAGAAGCUGGACAGGUACCUGCAGGAGCACUUCGAUCUGCCGGCCAAGAACCCGUCCGAGGAGGCGCAGCGCCGAUGGCGGAAGGCCGUCGGCACCAUCGUCAAGAACCGCCGCCGCCGCUUCCGCUGGGUGCCCGACCUCGACCGCCGCUCCUUGGACAAAGCCAAGGUCCGCUCCACCCAGGAAAAGAUUCGUGUUGCCCUCUAUGUGCAACAGGCUGCACUCAUUUUUAGCGAUGGUGCCAAAAAGAAAGAGUACAAACUAACAGAGGACAUUAUUAAAGCUCGAUUUUCAAUCAAUCCAGAUGAACUAGCAUUGAUCACAAGCAAGCAUGAUUCGAAAUCUUUAAAGAUGCAUGGUGGGGUAGAUGGGAUAUCUAAAAAAGUCCGUUCAACAUUUGAUUGUGGCAUAUGUGCUAGUGACUUAGAUACAAGACAAAACAUAUAUGGCGUCAACCGUUAUGUAGAGAAGCCUUCAAGAAGUUUCUGGAUGUUUGUUUGGGAUGCAUUGCAGGACAUGACCCUUAUCAUUCUUAUGGUCUGUGCAUUGCUAUCUGCUGUAGUUGGUCUGGCAUCAGAGGGUUGGCCGAAGGGCAUGUAUGAUGGCUUGGGAAUAAUACUCAGCAUUUUCUUAGUUGUGAUGGUUACUGCUCUUAGUGAUUAUAAGCAGUCACUACAGUUUAAGGAGCUAGACAACGAAAAGAAGAAGAUAUUUAUCAAUGUAACCAGAGAUGGUCGUCGACAGAAGAUCUCUAUAUAUGACUUGGUAGUUGGUGAUAUUGUUCAUCUGUCGAUUGGAGAUCAAGUACCUGCUGAUGGAUUGUAUAUCCAUGGAUACUCCCUUUUGAUUGAUGAGUCCAGUUUAUCCGGUGAGAGUGACCCGGUGUAUGUUUCCCAAGAUAAGCCAUUCAUCUUGGCAGGAACUAAAGUACAAGAUGGAUCUGCUAAGAUGAUAGUAACUGCUGUCGGUAUGCGCACUGAAUGGGGAAAGUUGAUGAGCACAUUGAGCGAGGGAGGAGAGGAUGAGACACCACUGCAGGUUAAACUAAAUGGUGUUGCGACCAUUAUAGGAAAGAUUGGACUGUUAUUUGCCGUAUUGACAUUUUUAGUUCUGAUGGUGAGAUUCCUUGUUGAAAAAGCCAUGACCGUUGGUCUGCUGAAAUGGAAUUCUACUGAUGCAUUGACUAUAGUAAACUACUUUGCAACAGCGGUCACUAUUAUAGUUGUUGCUGUACCUGAAGGGUUGCCCUUGGCUGUUACGUUGAGUCUUGCAUUUGCAAUGAAAAAAUUAAUGAAUGAUAAAGCACUUGUUAGACAUCUUUCCGCAUGUGAAACAAUGGGAUCUGCUGGUACCAUCUGCACAGAUAAAACUGGAACUUUGACAACUAACCAUAUGGUCGUUGAUAAAAUAUGGAUAGCUGAGGUUUCAAAGUCAGUUACCGGUAACAAUAAUUUUGAAGAUCUUAGUUCCAUGGUUCCUUCAGGCACCAGGAGUCUGCUUUUACAGGGCAUAUUUGAGAAUACUAGCGCUGAGGUGGUCAAAGAAAAAGAUGGUAAACAAACUGUCUUAGGAACUCCAACAGAAAGAGCAAUAUUAGAAUUUGGCUUGAGUUUGGAAGGGGAUUGUGAUGCUGAGUAUACGACCUGCACCAAGGUUAAGGUUGAGCCUUUCAAUUCGGUCAAGAAGAAGAUGGCAGUGCUGGUUUCAUUACCCGGUGGUACCGCCAGAUGGUUCUGCAAAGGUGCAUCAGAAAUUAUAUUGCAGAUGUGCAGCAUGGUGAUUGAUAGUGAUGGAAAUGUUAUUCCCUUAUCGGAAGCUAAGAGAAAGAACAUCUUAGAUACUAUCAACUCUUUUGCUUCAGACGCUCUAAGGACAUUGUGCCUGGCAUAUAAGGAAGUGGAUGGUGUUGACGAGGAUGCGGAUAGUCCAACAAGUGGUUUUACUCUAUUAGCCAUUUUUGGUAUCAAGGAUCCUGUGCGCCCUGGAGUUGAGGAUGCUGUUAAGACCUGUAUGUCUGCUGGUAUCAAUGUGAGAAUGGUAACGGGUGAUAAUAUCAAUACAGCUAAAGCUAUAGCCAAAGAGUGUGGAAUAUUGACUGACGGUGGCAUAGCAAUAGAAGGACCAGAAUUCCAUAGCAAGAGCCCAGAAGAGAUGAGGAACUUAAUACCUAACAUUCAGGUCAUGGCCCGUUCUUUACCACUGGAUAAACACAUGCUCGUGACAAACUUGAGAGGUAUGUUUGAUGAGGUGGUUUCUGUGACAGGUGAUGGUACAAAUGAUGCUCCUGCAUUACACGAAGCAGAUAUUGGGCUUGCAAUGGGCAUUGCAGGAACAGAGGUUGCCAAGGAGAGUGCAGAUGUCAUAGUACUUGAUGACAAUUUCACAACUAUAAUAAACGUCGCAAGAUGGGGUCGUGCAGUUUACAUUAACAUCCAAAAGUUUGUGCAGUUUCAGUUGACUGUCAAUAUUGUUGCUUUAGUCAUCAAUUUUGUCUCAGCAUGCAUCACUGGAAGUGCUCCUCUCACUGCUGUGCAGCUGUUGUGGGUCAAUAUGAUUAUGGAUACAUUGGGAGCUUUAGCAUUAGCAACUGAGCCUCCAAAUGAUGAAAUGAUGAAGAGGCCACCUGUCCGGAGAGGGGAAAGUUUCAUUACCAAGGUCAUGUGGAGAAAUAUCAUGGGCCAAAGUUUAUAUCAGUUAUUUGUACUUGGAGCUCUCAUGUUUGGUGGGGAAAGGCUUCUGAACAUCAAGGGUGCAGAUUCCAAAUCCAUCAUAAAUACACUAAUAUUCAACUCUUUCGUCUUUUGUCAGGUAUUCAAUGAAAUAAACAGCAGAGAAAUGCAGAAGAUCAACAUUUUCCGUGGCAUCAUCAGCAACUGGAUCUUCAUGGCAGUCAUAGCUGCGACUGUAGCAUUUCAAGUGGUGAUUAUAGAGUUUCUUGGCACUUUUGCCAGCACUGUUCCACUCAAUUGGCAGCAUUGGCUGCUAAGCGUCGGCCUUGGGUCCAUCAGUCUGAUUGUUGGUGUCAUCUUGAAGUGCAUACCCGUUGGGUCAAGUGAAAAUUCUGCAACUCCAAAUGGCUACAGGCGACUUGCCAGUGGUCCUGAUGACAUAUAGCUGAAGAGCAAUCCCUAAUAAACAACAGUAUAAUCCAGGUGCACAAUGG